AUGGGCUGCGGUGCAAGCAAAGAAGACACGGCCGGCAAGGCUAGGAACGAUGAAAUCGAGAAUCAGCUUAAGAGAGACAAAAUGGCGCAGCGAAACGAGAUCAAGAUGCUUCUACUAGGAGCUGGUGAAUCUGGAAAAUCCACCAUUCUCAAGCAGAUGAAACUCAUCCACGAAGGAGGCUAUUCGCGGGACGAGCGCGAAUCUUUCAAGGAGAUCAUCUUCUCAAACACCGUUCAAUCAAUGCGCGUCAUUCUCGAGGCUAUGGAGUCCCUCGAGCUGCCUCUGGACGAUCAACGUGCCGAGUAUCAUGUUCAGACAAUCUUUAUGCAGCCACCACAGAUAGAAGGCGAUAGCUUGCCCCCCGAGGUUGGAGCUGCCAUCAAAGCUCUAUGGCAAGACGUUGGAGUCCAGGAGUGCUUCAAGCGGUCGAGAGAAUACCAGUUGAACGAUUCAGCCCGAUACUAUUUCGAUUCGAUAGACCGCAUCGCCGCUCACGACUACAUGCCAAAUGACCAAGACGUGCUUCGAUCUCGGGUAAAGACGACUGGUAUCACAGAAACCACCUUCAUCAUUCAAGACUUGACCUACCGCAUGUUUGAUGUCGGCGGACAAAGAUCAGAGCGAAAAAAAUGGAUCCACUGCUUCGAGAAUGUCACCACCAUCCUUUUCCUGGUCGCCAUCUCGGAAUACGAUCAACUGCUGUUCGAAGAUGAGACUGUCAACCGAAUGCAAGAAGCCCUCACCUUGUUUGAUAGCAUUUGCAACUCCAGAUGGUUUAUCAAGACCAGCAUUAUCCUGUUUUUGAACAAGAUCGACAGAUUCAAGGAGAAGCUGCCAGUCAGCCCCAUGCAAAAUUACUUUCCCGAUUAUGAAGGCGGCCCGGAUUAUGCUGCGGCUUGCGACUACAUUCUCAAUCGAUUUGUCUCUCUGAAUCAGGCCGAAACCAAACAGAUCUAUACCCAUUUCACCUGUGCUACCGAUACCACACAAAUAAGAUUCGUGAUGGGUGCUGUCAACGACAUCAUCAUCCAAGAAAACCUUCGAAUGUGUGGCCUCAUAUGA